AUGAAAGGUGCAAGAUGUACAAAUCAAGAAAAUCUUUGCUUCCAGGGAGGAGGUUUUGAAGGAAAUGGACAGUCUAAGCUUAUUCACAGCAAUCAGUGUGUAGCCUCCAGCAGAGAAAUACUAGAAGACCAUCCUCUUUACUUUUCUCUCCAUGAUGGGAAAGUUCUUCAGCUCUGUCCUGUAAGGAGUGAACAGACUUGGGCGCUGAACGUCAAACGAGGCAUUCUGAGUGUCCUGCAGACAUCACAAGACCCUGCUGCUGCUGGAGUCAUUGAAGAGAUGGAUGUUCUGGGAAUAUGCCCAACCAAGUAUCAGAGCAAAGGUCCUGCCCUUGUCAAGACAAAGGACUUAAACCUCUGCUCUCAUCGGUAUUCUGGCUUUGCUUCCGUGCAGUCUGUUCCUCUUCCUCGUAUGCCAUCUGAGCAGCAGAUCCUGUCAUCCAACCUGGAAUGCGCUCAGAGAUUUAAGGAUGGAAUCCUGGCAGAGGCGGAAUGCACUGAAUCCAACCUCCUUGCACCGUUCUCUGAGAAGGGACGCGGAGCAAAGACACAGACACAGUCAUCGCUGAAACUCAUUCAGGUGCAAGCAGAGACACAGUACAAGUGGGGCCCAAAUAAUUUGGACUCCAAGGAUCUGUAUGUGACYAACAUGCUAUAUGAAAAGGAACAAACUGAGAGACAAUUCACUSUAGAGGAAGUGACUGAAUUAGUGCAGAAGCUCUGCUUAGCACCCASUGUGAGAUUGGAGGUGGCUGCCAUUGUAGCAGCAGUAUGUAAUGGUGUUUAG